CCACAGAUUGUCUUGGUUAGUUAUUAGUGAUUGUAGAGAGUAUUUAACACGCGCGCAUGCCAGUCAGUCAGUCAGUGGUUUGUCUCAGGUGUCAGACACAAGAUGAAAUUCCAGGGCAUAUGGAUUUACCGACGUCUCAUCCUCGUCAUCCUCACCCCUCUGCUGCUGCUGCCUUUGCCACUCUAUAUUAACACCAAGGUUGCAGAAUGUGCCUUUACUCUUUUAGUGAUGGCCGUGUACUGGCUCACAGAGGCUUUGCCUGUGUCUGUGACAGCCCUGAUUCCUGCCAUACUGUUCCCUUUGUUUGGGAUCAUGAAAUCUUCACAGGUGGCAGCGGUGUUCUUUAAGGACUUCCACCUCCUUCUGACAGGAGUUAUAUGCCUGGCCACGGCCAUUGAGAAGUGGGGCCUUCACAGGAGGAUUGCCCUCGGUCUCAUCACCGUAGUUGGGGUGAACCCUGGAAGACUAAUGCUUGGCUCCAUGGUUGGAUGUGCCUUCCUGUCGAUGUGGCUAAGCAACACCUCAGCUGUCGCUAUGGUGAUGCCCAUUGUGGAAGCUGUGAUAAAGCAGAUCAUCUCAGCUGAGGGAGAAGCCAGAGAGCAGCGCAAGCGAGCGCUAACAGGCACAUCAAACAUGGGGUUACAGCUCGAUGGUUAUUUUGAGCCUGGACCUGUGGAGAAAGUUGACAUUACUUUUGAGAAAUCUGAUCUGGACUGUGAGGGCUUCCCCGGUGACUCUGAGGACCAAUGUACCCCAUCUCAGGGACCCUAUCGCACCAAACAGGACCAUAUGCUGUGUAAAGGCCUGUCUCUGUGCAUCGCCUACUCAGCCUCCCUUGGUGGGAUGACCACCCUACCAGGAACAUCCCCCAACCUGAUCUUUGCAGAGUACAUGCACGCGUUCUAUCCUGGUUGCAAGUCUGUGAACUUUGGGAACUGGUUCAUUUUUUGCCUGCCAGUUAGCAUUAUUGUGCUUUUGCUGUCAUGGGUCUGGCUACACUGGCUGUACUUGGGUUCAAAUUUCCGUUCGGUUCUGUAUUCCGAGUCGCGCUACACAGAGAGAGAGGCAGCAGUGGCCAAGGUUCUCCGGGAAGAGUACAACUCACUAGGACCCAUACGUCGUCAGGAGAUCAUCUCCAUGGUGAUAUUCUUCAUAAUGGUGGUGCUGUGGUUUACGAGGGAGCCUGGCUUCAUGCCGGGCUGGGCAGCCCUGUUUCCAGAUUAUGCUGGAUAUGCCACAGACGCCACUGUGGCACUUCUGCUGGGCCUACUGUUCUUCAUCAUUCCAGCUCAGACAACCAGUGAUGGCUAUGAGACCUUGAUCACAUGGAAAGACUUUCAGUCCUGCAUGCCUUGGGAAAUCUGUCUCCUUGUGGGGGGCGGUUUUGCACUGGCUGAGGGCACACAGAAGUCUGGUCUGUCACCUUGGGUGGCUAACCUGAUGGUUCCUUUGGGAGAACUGCCACCAAUUGCGACCAUCAUCAUUGUCUGUGUCAUUGUGACCUGCAUCACUGAAGUGGCCAGCAACUCAGCCACAAUCACCAUCUUCCUGCCCAUUCUUGGACCUCUGGCUGAAAGCAUCAAUGUGAACCCCCUCUACAUGCUCAUACCAGCCACCCUCAGUGUGUCAUUCUCUUUCCUGCUUCCAUCUGCUAAUCCGCCAAAUGCCAUCGUCUUCAGUUAUGGCCAUCUCAGCACCUGGGAUAUGAUGAAAGCUGGCCUUGGUGUGAAUGCAAUCAGUGUUUUGGCAGUGUUGCUAGCUACCACUACAUGGGGGAUGGCACUAUUUAGCCUGGACACAUACCCAGACUGGGCCCCCAACCACACGAUAUCCAGCUCCACUGCAAUUCCAGUCUUUAGUUAUCCACACUGAGGGCCUAGUGGUACCGAAUAAUGCUCCACAAACUAUGAAAAGGUACCACCAGAUCAUUUGGAGAACAGACCAGUGCUUAAAAACUAGUCCUUAGAGCUGAAGGACCUACUGUAUGUUUGGCACUUAUCUUGUGACAUAUUCAGGUAUUGCUUUAGCAGAGAUUGUACAGGUGUCAAGUGUAAAAUGCUAUGGUAAUGUACACUGUUACUUUGUAAACGUACAUGGGAAUCUGUAGAGGUUCACACAGUCACCCAACUUCUGAAGUGGUGAAAAUACCACUGUGUGACUUGUGCUUUGUGUAUGACAAACUACGGGUAGGAUUUACACAGACCUGAGUGCACACUAUUGGGCUAGACUGUAGAUCCAAUUCAUUUGUGUGACAUGGGUGUGUCCGUGAUGGAAUGUGUGUUUCUGUAAUAACUGUUAUGGAUGUCUGUAGCUAUGAAAUUGUGACAUUUUUGUAUUCACAUUGAAUAUAGUCCUCACAAAUAUAUCAAUUGUAAGUUCCAAAAAUAAAAACUUCCUUUUGUACAACGCUCUUAGUCAUAAAUUAUCUCUUGGAAAACCCUGCAAGGUCAAAUUUGGUGACAAAAUACCUAAAUUUUUAUUUUAUUUUAAGGACUUCCCUAACAUGACAGUAUAUUUCAGCAAUAUAACAUAUAGGGUUGAUAAAGGACAUCCUCACAGC